CUUCCGGUAAGAUCAGCCAAUGAGAGGCGCCGUGCCUGGCGAAGAGGGUUGACUUACGUUAGGGCUGUCAUGGCGGCCGCCGGGCGGGUUGCGGCCGCCCCCGCGCUCUACCUACUUCUCCUCUGCGCUGCCGCGGGCCCCGCGCGGUGCUGGGACCAGCCGGGGCGGGUUCUGCUGAGGGAGGUGCAGGCGCUCACUCUCCACAGAGGUCAGUACACAACGUCCCGGCGGACCGCUGCAGUCCCUCAGUUACAGUGCACAGGAGGCACUGCCGGAUGUUCCCGCGUCCCUGAGGUCGUUCAGUGUUACAACAAAGGUUGGGACGGCUAUGAUGUACAGUGGCAGUGCAAAGCAGACUUGGAAAACACCUACCGUUUUGGACAAAUCGAAGUGAGCUGUGAAGGCUAUGAUUAUCCGGAUGAUCCUUACAUCUUAAGAGGCUCCUGUAGUUUGCUGUUCAGGCUAGAGCUGACUGAGGAAGGUGAAAGGAGAGUGAAGAACUCUGGAAGCUUUGGCUCUAGCUAUUACCAGUCAAGGAAGGAUUCUUCUGAUUCUGGUGCCGGAGCGAUUGUUAUAAUUGUUCUUCUGGGUCUUGCUUUUGGAGUAUACAAGCUGUUCCUCAGUAACCAGCAGCCUCAGCAGAGGUUUGGUGACAGUGAUGGAUUCACUAGGCCUUCCUGGCAGAGUCAGCAGGCACCUCCUCCUCCUGGUUUUAAGUCCAGCUUCACAGAAGGCAACAGCUUUGGGACUCAUUCCCAUCAUGGAACCAAUUCAGGACCAGGAUUUUGGACUGGAUUAGGAGCAGGAGGCUUGCUAGGCUACUUGGCUGGCAGUCACAGAGCACAGCCACGUUCCCCAUAUUACAGUACAUGGGCAGAUCCCACAGCUGCACCUCCUAUGAAUGGGCAGUCAAGCAAUUCCACCCAAGGUGGCAGUUCAGGAACAAGAACUGCUUCUGGCUUCGGGGGCACAAAACGAAGAUGAAAUGCCUGACGUUAUUACAUCUAAGUGAUUGAACUAAAUCUUCCUGUGUACUAGCACUUCUUUUAUUAGUAGUAGGCUUCAGAAGUGGAUAUGAGAAGAGGUGUGAAGGACUAGGCAAAGAAUUCCUCUUACCCUAAACAGGAGUGAGAGUCCACAUUUCCACAGGGAAUCACAGAUGCUGGAACAUCCUCUAUUUCAAAACAGCAGCUUCUCAUAAGAUACAAAAUAAACUCAUCCAAGUUAAGAAGAAUGAUGUUACAGUGCCUAUAUAUCUGUCUAUACUUGAGGGAUUAUGGCAGUGGUAGCCUUGCCAGAUUUUCAAAGCAAGUAUCUUACUCAUGUUCUGGGCUUAAUUUCAUUUAAUCCAGAAUUUCCAAGUCUUUUCUUUUCCUUGGUGGUCCAGCAUCUGAAAGGCCUAGUGUGUAAUCCACCUGAUAUCUGUGAGGUGUUGCUCUUUGAAGCUACUUGUGUUUGUCUUUGUAAAAUUCAUGUGAACAUUACUGUAAGUGCAGUCGGCUAACUGGAUGGGUGUUGGGGUUUUUCCUUAGUGGAAAAGAGCAAAACAAGAGAGACUAACAUUAACAUAAUGUUUGUAUCUGUGCCAUCUGACUACUGUAGCCAAAAUUUGCAGAUUUGAGGACACUCCCAUGUUUUAGGGUUUAUCCAAGUGGCUGAGCAAACCUGGGGGACUUUGUGUAUAAAUGGGGGGGGGGGGGGGGGGGAAUGUGAAAUGAGAAAAGAUGGUCCUUUUUUUAAUUUGGACCUUUUUCUGGAAGACUGAGGUCAUUUAAAUUCAGGUGGCUACAGACACUUUGCCCACUUUGAGGCUCCAGACUUUUCUUUUUAGGGUGAAUGUUAGCAAUGCUGUGAAAACUUCUGAUGUGAACGGUCUGUCCUGCUAGAUGACCUGUCCAGGACACAAUAAACCAAAGGUGCUCAUUGCAAAAGGGAAGGGAGUAUUCUUAAUCCAAAGAUGGUGGUAUCUCUAGAAUAUAGCAGGCCUUGAGACUAAGCAAAGAAAGGAAAUUGAAUGUCUAAUGGGAUGUAACCUUUCUUGAAUGUACUUUUUAAAAAAAAAAAAGUGCUGUCAAAGAGUGGGAAGCAGAGAGGCCUUGCUUUGUUCUGUGAUGAUAUUUUGGGGCUCUGAGAAGUGUCAUAGUUAUUGUGUGAUUGACUGUGCCCUGGGAGAAGUAUUCCUGAAAAAAAACAGAGAAAUUUCUCAGGAUUAGGGCGGGAGGGGAGAGUGAAAAAUGGGCUGCUUGACCACCAGGUCUUCUCCAGAGGCCAUCCUAAUACGGCUUAGAAGUGUGUGUGCACAGCUUUUCUAUGCUGGCAGCAGUCUGAGAAGCAUAGCUUUCAUCCUGUGAAAACACUGUGUCCGGGAAUUGAUGUAAACUAUUACAGCAAAAGCAAAGCACUGUUUUGCUGAUACAAGCUGCAUCUCCACAAGGAGAUUUAGCAGGUAUGGUUAGUCUAGGAAAGUGACUUCAGUGUUACUCCUCAAAAAGCAGCUAUGUCCAUUCAUGAGUCCAAAAAUAAUUGGCUUGAAUGAUAAUGCCAGAGUUCAAUGUCUGGCUUAAGCAAAAAAAAAAAAAAAAAAAAAAAAAACCAAAAAAAAAAAAAAAAACCAAACAAAAAAGCCAACCUAGAAAUCCUUAAGAAGUCAACAGAAGCUAUGAAAAAGUGUAGAGCUUACACUGAAAACGUGGGAAUACAGAUAAAAUUGGUAACUUGAGGAUAAAAUAGUGGUUUGCUGCUCAGAGCUGCUUGAAGACUGGGGAAAACACCUUCAUUAACAGCCUGCUCUAUCAACCUAGAAAGCAAAGACCUUACUGUUGGACUGUUAGAAAGUUUUACCUUUUAUGAGGAAACGUGUGUGAUGAAUCUGUAGCUUUUUGACCAAAUACAGCAAAAUAAUGUAUUUUAAAUGUGGAGGUUUUACUUAGUUCUAAGUGUAGUCAGGUUGAAACUUGUCACAGUCAAUACUCUCUUUGCCAACCAAUUACAUAACAAUGAAACUGGAUUUUUGCUAACUGAGUAGUUUGAAGCUGAAGUUUGCUCCCAAAUUACAAUGUGUUAUGAUAUGUUUUAGACAAUGUUUUCAUGUGUAUGUAUAGUUUCUGCAUGAAAUGUGAUUUGAUGCAUAAACCUGAUGAAUUACCAUAGUUUCUGAAUCUGUCUGUAGGAUAUUUUUGCCCUUCCCUUUGAUAAAGUAAAAGUGAAUAAGGAGUAUUUUUGUCUUUAAAACUAUCUUGAGGCCUGCAGGGAUGGCACUGUCUGUUUUUCAGUGUUGGCUAUGUCUCAUCCACUUCCUGGGUGGUGUAAUAACAUCCUUUACCCCCAGAUGCAUAGCUGGUAAGCUGUAUAUUGUUUCAACAAAAUAAAACAAUACUGGGAA